CAUAACUUCAUGAAAAGGGCUUCGUUUUUACAGUGGAAUUUAUAAAUUAUAAAAAGAAGUUGUUAUAAAUGUUCCUCAAUUUUCUGAUUAGUAGAUCGAACAUCCCUAUAAUAUAGUUUAGAAAUGGAUUCGCAAAAGAUAUCCUAUUAUAAUGAAAUAUCAUUGAUGAUGUUUGGUUUUGGUGAUAGUCACACACCAAAUCCGGAAACAGUACGAUUAGUUGAAAGUAUAGUGUUAAGUCAAUUAAGAUUAAUAGUUCAAGAAGGUUUAAAACAUUCUGAAAAUAAUACAUUGAAAGGUGAACAUUUGGUGUUUUUGAUGCGAAAGAAUAAAGUAAAAAUGCGAAGAUUUGUGAAAUAUCUUCAACACAAAGACAUGAAGAAGCAUUUAGAUUCUGAUGUUGUUGAUUUAACUGAUAAGCCAAAACCUCCUUUACUAACAUUUAUUGAGAAAAUGGAUGAAUUUGGGGAGUUAAUGGAUACUAAUGAGUUUGAUGAGGUGAAACAUCAAAGACAAUUAAGAGCCGAUAGAAUUUCAUUGGCUUUGGAUGAACAAAAAUAUAUAAAAUUUGCAAAAGCGAGAUGUGCCUCUUUCAAUAGCAAAGAAAUGUCCCAAACUAGAAACUUUGAAAAACUUCGUCAAUGGAUUGAUCCCAAAAAAGAAGUUAAUUUUACAACAAACUCAUUUGAUGUCUUAGCUUAUUAUGCUUAUGAAACUGUGGCGCAAAUUGCAGAUUUUGCAUUUUUAGCUAGAUUAGAUAAUCGAAGAACCGGUGAUCCUUUGGGGGAUUUAAGUGGGUUAUAUUAUACAGGAAGUAUGUUUAAUGGUGAACAUCGAUUUACUGGAUUAAAUCCUGAUUAUAGUAGGGUUUAUAAUGGACAACCACCUUUUAGUGUUAAUGAAAUUAAAGAAGUUAUGCGAAGAAUUUUUUCUCCUCAAGCUGGAAAGUUGUGUCUUGGAAGAAAAAACACUGAAUCUAUUUGUAUUAUUGCUGUUUAGUAUAUGACUCAUAUUUUUAAACAAAAAUAAUAAAUAAUGUGUAUUACAAUUUUA